GCUGUCUCCUAGCAACGAAAUACGUCAUCACCGAGCGACGACAGGAACUGACACGUGACGGGAGAGAACCCAGAGCGCAAUACGGAGACAGUGAGUACAAUACAGAGACAGAGCGUAAUACGGAGACAGCGAGUACAAUACAGAGACAGAGCGUAAUACGGAGACAGUGAGUACAAUACAGAGACAGAGCGUAAUACGGAGACAGUGAGAACAAUACAGAGAGCGGGUAUUAUACCCAGAGCGUAAUACGGAGACAGCGAGUACAAUACAGAGAGCAGGUAUUAUACCCAGAACGUAAUACGGAGACAGUGAGUACAAUACAGAGAGCGGGUAUUAUACCCAGAACGUAAUACGGAGACAGCGAGUACAAUACAGAGAGCAGGUAUUAUACCCAGAACGUAAUACGGAGACAGCGAGUACAAUACAGAGACAGAGCGUAAUACGGAGACAGCGAGUACAAUCCAGAGAGCGGGUAUUAUACCCAGAGCGUAAUACGGAGACAGCGAGUACAAUACAGAGAGCAGGUAUUAUACCCAGAGCGUAAUACGGAGACAGCGAGUACAAUACAGAGAGCAGGUAUUAUACCCAGAGCGUAAUACGGAGACAGCGAGUACAAUACAGAGAGCAGGUAUUAUACCCAGAGCGUAAUACGGAGACAGCGAGUACAAUACAGAGAGCAGGUAUUAUACCCAGAGCGUAAUACGGAGACAGCGAGUACAAUACAGAGAGCAGGUAUUAUACCCAGAGCGUAAUACGGAGACAGCGAGUUCAAUACAGAGAGCAGGUAUUAUACCCAGAGCGUAAUACAGAGACAGCGAGUACAAUACAGAGCAGGUAUUAUACCCAGAGCUGCAUUACUUGAGACACAGCGAAAGUACAAUACAGAGAGCAGGUAUUAUACCCAGAGCGCAAUACAGAGACAGCCGCAGUGGCCAAUACAGACAGAGCCGCACGAGACAGCCGAAAAUACUACAGAGACAGAGCUGCACACGGAGAGACAGCGAGUACAAUACAGAGAGCGGGUAUUAUACCCAGAGCGUAAUACGGAGACAGCGAGUACAAUCCAGAGAGCGGGUAUUAUACCCAGAGCGUAAUACGGAGACAGCGAGUACAAUCCAGAGAGCGGGUAUUAUACCCAGAGCGUAAUACGGAGACAGCGAGUACAAUACAGAGAGCGGGUAUUAUACCCAGAGCGUAAUACGGAGACAGCGAGUACAAUACAGAGAGCGGGUAUUAUACCCAGAGCGUAAUACGGAGACAGCGAGUACAAUACAGAGAGCGGGUAUUAUACCCAGAGCGUAAUACGGAGACAGCGAGUACAAUACAGAGAGCGGGUAUUAUACCCAGAGCGUAAUACGGAGACAGCGAGUACAAUACAGAGAGCGGGUAUUAUACCCAGAGCGUAAUACGGAGACAGCGAGUACAAUACAGAGAGCGGGUAUUAUACCCAGAGCGUAAUACGGAGACAGCGAGUACAAUACAGAGAGCGGGUAUUAUACCCAGAGCGUAAUACGGAGACAGCGAGUACAAUACAGAGAGCGGGUAUUAUACCCAGAGCGUAAUACGGAGACAGCGAGUACAAUACAGAGACAGAGCGUAAUACGGAGACAGCGAGUACAAUACAGAGACAGAGCGUAAUACGCAGACAGCGAGUACAAUACAGAGAGCAGGUAUUAUACCCAGAGCGUAAUACGGAGACAAGCGAGUACAAUACAGAGAGAGGGUAUUAUACCCAGAGCGUAAUACGGAGACAGGUAUUAUACCCAGAACGUAAUACGGAGACAGCGAGUACAAUACAGAGAGCAGGUAUUAUACCCAGAACGUAAUACGGAGACAGCGAGUACAAUACAGAGAGCAGGUAUUAUACUCCGUAAUACGGCGACAGGGGGCGUAAUACGGCGACAGGGGGCGUAAUACGGCGACAGGGCGUAACACAGAGACAGCGAGUACAAUAUAGAGAGCAAGUAUUAUACCCAGAGCGUAAUACAGAGAGUGUAAGACGGAGCGUGACACGGAGACGAGGGAUCCUAUACAGAGCGUAACACAGAGUGCAGGGAUUAUAUACAGGGCGUAACACAGAGUACAGGGAUUAUAUACAGAGGGUGACAUGGAAAGUAGUGCCUGGCCUUGCGCCGUGGUUGGAAAGUAGUGCCUGCGAUAUGGUCGUGGAUGGAGAGUAGUGCCUGGGAUAGCGCAGUGGUUGGAAAGUAGUGCCUGUGAUACGGUCGUGGAUGGAGAGUCGUGCCUGGGAUAGCACCGUGGAUGGAAAGUAGUGCCUGGGAUAGCGCCUUGGAUGGAAAGUAGUGUGCCUUCAUUUUGGAUUUAUGACCGAUUUAAAGCCGUUCUAUAUGUAUAAAGUAUGCCUGUAUGUAUUUAUAUUUAGAAUAUAACCAGCAGGGAUCCUAUACAGAGUGUAAUACAGAGAGCAGGGAUCCUAUACAGUGUGUAAUACAGAGAGCGGGGAUCCUAUACAGAAUGUAACACAGAGAGCGGGGAUCCUAUACAGAGUGUAACACAGAGAGCGGGGAUCCUAUACAGAGUGUAACACAGAGAGCGGGGAUCCUAUACAGUGAGUAACACAGAGAGCGGGGAUCCUAUACAGAGCGUAACACAGAGAGCGGGGAUCCUAUACAGAGCGUAACACAGAGACCGGGGAUCCUAUACAGAGCGUAACACAGAGACCGGGGAUCCUAUACAGAGUAAUACAGAGCGUAACACAGAGAGCGGGGAUCCUAUACAGAGCGUAACACAGAGAGCGGGGAUCCUAUACAGAGCGUAACACAGAGAGCGGGGAUCCUAUACAGAGCGUAACACAGAGAGCGGGGAUCCUAUACAGAGCGUAACACAGAGAGCGGGGAUCCUAUACAGAGCGUAACACAGAGAGCGGGGAUCCUAUACAGAGCGUAACACAGAGAGCGGGGAUCCUAUACAGAGCGUAACACAGAGAGCGGGGAUCCUAUACAGAGCGUAACACAGAGAGCGGGGAUCCUAUACAGAGUGUAACACAGAGAGCGGGGAUCCUAUACAGAGUGUAAUACAGAGAGCGGGGAUCCUAUACAGAGUGUAAUACAGAGAGCAGGGAUCCUAUACAGAGCGUAAUACAGAGAGCAGGGAUUCUAUACAGAACGUAACACAGAGUACAGGGAUUAUAUACAGGGCGUGACAUGGAAAGUAGUGCCUGGCCUAGCGCUGUGCAUGUAAAGUAGUGCCUGCGAUACGAUCGUGGAUGGAGAGUAGUGCCUGGGAUAGCACCGUGGAUGGAAAAUAGUGCCUGGGAUAGCGCCGUAGAUGGAAAGUAGUGCCUGGGAUAGCGCCGUGGAUGGAAAGUAGUGCCUGGGAUAGCGCCGUGGAUGGAAAGUAGUGCCUGGGAUAGCGCCGUGGAUGGAAAGUAGUGUGCCUUCAUUUUGGAUUUAUGACCGAUUUAAAGCCGUUCUAUAUGUAUAAAGUAUGCCUGUAUGUAUUUCUAUUUAGAAUAUAACCAGCUGCGUGCUCAUUGUGGAAAGCUGCGAUAUUGAGAUUGAUUUAUAAUCUAACCUGUAACGGACCGUUUUGCACAUAAGGGGUAAAAACCGUUUAGGCAAUCGUCCCCCUUUCCAGAGAUGCAGGCACAGCUACUGUAGCACACCAAACACAUGAACCGCCAAUAAGGGAAUGCUCCAAACUCCCGAAUGGCAUCCAAUAUAGCACUCCAAAUACACGAACAGGAACCAUGCGAAUCGCUGCUAGAAGACGAAUAGGAAAAGCAUCCAAGCGGCUUACACUCCUAGCAAUCAGUCUCUAUCAGCAUUCAGUAAAUCCCCCCCCCCCCCAAAGACAAGACAAGGCUCCGUGUUGAGGGUCAAGCAGUGGUCUGUUUAAUGAGGGCUACCUGACCGGCUUUUAUGCAGGUCUCCCACCUGGUGGACACUCCCCUAGGGGACCAAAUGGGAGACUGUGACAAGGGGCAGACAAAUAGGACACACAGUCACAAUAUAUUCCCACAAUGCAUCCUGGCUUCCUCCCCUUUGUCCUGGGAGAUAAUUGAGAAGUAAUUCAAUUAUCUCCCAAGACAAAGGCAAAUCACCAUUAUGCACGUUGGGAUACUAAAACAAGCAUUACUAUUAAAAUACACUAUGUAAGACACAUUACAUUAAAACUAUACAUUUAACAUAUCCCCAGAUAGCUCAGGUUUGAGCGCACAUUAUUAAGCGAAUGGCGCUCAGACCACACGAAUACAGUUUAAUCGCCAUGGAGCCAAAGUCUUUAAUUCCACGAACAGGCUCCAUGGCAGGCUAUCUUGGUACUUGCACACCGAAUACAAUUGCAGCACUAAAAGUCCCAAAUGCUCCGUUGUUCGGUUCCCGAACGGGUUUGCAAACUUCCAGCCUCAGUGGGGCUUGUAAGACAAGUGUCCGCUUUUGGUGUCCUGCCGCUGGGUAGAACAAGUGCUGGCUACCCGGGGAGCUUCCAUAACACCGCCAUCGUGUGGCGGCUAGGUGUAACCGCGACCACCCAGUAAUUGUCAAUUAAGCUGCGGUUAACCGCAGCUUCAGGGAGGUUAAUUGCCGGCACACUCCAGCUCCCAGGUGGUCUAUUCAUUCGUGCGGUUGUUCGGUAGAUUGAAUCUACCGAACAACCGGCAGAAAAGCACGAAUACAGCCCUUCUGCAGGCAAAACAGUCUUUUAACAUGGGGGCCAUAGUCCAAAGGCAGCAGGUGAGCAACCAGGCUUCUCCAAUGCAAUGUGGCGAGAUUGGUCUCGUCACAUAACCGAAAGGAAAAAAAAUGUUUAAGAAAUUACUUGUGGAAGAGAAUUUUUUUAUAUAUUGAAGUGCGUUUUAUAUAUACACAUUUUUUAUUUUCAGGCUGCAUAUUAUGACUUCUCUGGAAGAGGAAUUAAAACAGCUGCGUCUGAGGGUGCAGGAGCUGGAGGAUGAGGUUUUUCGUCUGGGAAAUGCAUCAGGCGCGGUGGGAAGCGGAGAGUGCCUCUCUGUCGAGAAGCAGCCUAAAGGAAAGCAGAAGCCACGUGUUCAGCGACCAUUUGAUUUUUCAGCCCACCCAAAGCAACAUGUGGCUUUGCGCUUGGCAUAUCUUGGCUGGGGGUACCAUGGUUUUGCCAGCCAGGAGAACACAAAAAACACAGUGGAGGAGGUGGUAUUCAAUGCCCUCAUGAAAACACGUUUGGUUGAAAACAGACAGGACUCAAACUACCACCGGUGUGGCAGAACAGACCGUGGUGUCAGUGCACUCAGCCAGGUGAGGUUUUUGUAAUGGGAAUAUGGUAUGCAGGAUUUGUGAUGAUCUUGGCCAUACUGACUGCCCUGUGUUUUCUAGGUGAUAUCUCUGGAUCUCCGAUCAAAUCCACCUGGCAUGCCGGAGAUAAGAUAUACUCACAUCCUGAACCGUGUGCUUCCUCCUGAUAUUAGAGUCCUGAGCUGGGCCAAAGUUCCCUCUUCAUUCAGUGCUCGCUUUAGCUGCCGCUCUCGCACAUACCGCUAUUUGUUUCCAAGGGCACAGCUCGACAUAGAGGCGAUGGAUAGAGCUGCACGACUUCUCCAAGGAACUCAUGAUUUCCGCAACUUAUGCAAGAUGGACGUGGCCAAUGGGGUUCUAAACUUUACCCGUACCAUACUCCGUGCCACAGUGGGUCCUGUGCCAGACCUUCCAGGAGAUGUACAACCCAUUCAACUCUGCCAACUGGAGAUCACUGGUCUGGCCUUUCUCUACCACCAGGUUCGGUGCAUUAUGGGUGUACUGUUCCUGAUCGGACAACGAAGGGAAAAACCAGAAGUGAUCAGAGAACUGCUGGAUGUGGAGACAAAUCCUUGCAAACCCCAGUACAAGUGAGAGAAGGGAGGGGGAUGGUGUUUGGGUUCAUGACAGCCUGCAAUGUAAAUAGCUGAGGAUGGAUGGGAGCUGCUUGAUUGGGUGAUGGCAAUUAAUAUGAUGUAACAUUCUCUCUUUCAGUAUGGCGGUGGAACUCCCGCUGGUGCUGUAUGACUGUCAGUUUAAUGAUGUAGACUGGAUCACAGAAAGGGACACACAAAGCUUCCUUGUUUCACACCUGCAGCGUCUCUGGACCCAGGAAGCCGUAAAAACACAGAUAUUGCACAUGGUGCUUGGCCGGCUGGAUUCUGUUUCUGUCAGAGGUAUUUAUGCCUUUCUUUCUUUCUUGUGUUUUCUAGAAUUCCAUCUUCAAGAAAUAAAGUGACAAUGAGCUUUAUUUAUUAAACAGAAUUGCAAAUGUACAGCCAGGUUUGCAAAACUUCUUUCCCCCUCCCCCCCCAAAAAAAACUGUUGUUGCCAUAAACUUGCAAUUUGGUUUUCAGUUUACUGCAUAAAGGGAUAUACUCUAUCUAUCCUUCCCUUUUUCCACAUUUCUAUAAGCUGUGACACGCUUCUCCGAACACGAUUAGCCCAGGAGAGAUACAAAACAUUGUCUAGCCUACAUCCAUAGAUAGACUGUGUAAUGGACCGCCUGGCACGCCAACUGAGCACCUCCGCCAAGGACCACUUCCCAGCUGGAACAGGGGACAAACCGCAGCACUUCUUGCCCUCAGUCACCAUGGCUUGACUGGGGUCCUGGAACCGCCACCUCCUUCCUGAAGCCGAAUGGCCUGGGAACUCUGGAACCGAAUGGGAAAUUAGCUCUAGUGCUUUCAAGGACUUUCCCUGUUGAAUCUCCUGCAAGCUGGAACAGCAGACACAGGAGUAAAUCUUCUUUCCCUCCAAUAACAGGACAACACACAGUUUUUAUAAAGUACCCCAAAAUACAACAUAGCCCCAUAAAAGUCACAUCCCCGGAUCUGGGUGAACAACAUAUCCUAAAAUCACCCAGAUCAGAUCAGAGCAGGGGUUCAGGAAAUCCCUGGAAGUCUCUUUUUGACCGACCGCACGCAUGGUUUCAUGCCUAAAACAGUUCCAGAGAAUCAGGGCUUGCAGCCGGUCUAGUUCGGUAGUUUGCAAACGAACAAACUACCGAGCAGAGGCAAUAGUCUUACCCUGGAGCUAGACGAAUGAUCUCACCGAACAGUGCCCUUCUAAGCUGAAUAGAAACGAACGCAGGUGAUGAUGGAAGUCCAGCGGUGUUCGGGAGUUUCUGUAUCCGAUUUUAGUUCCAUGAGACUUAUGCCCAAACACCGCUGCCUGCGUUCAUGCGAACAAGAUGGCUGCCACCUCGUGGUUGUUCAUAGGAAUCGCGGCCACCCAGAUGAACAAUUAGAACACAGCGAUGAGAAACGUUCCAAGUUAAUAGGUGUAAACAAACUCGAGGGUGGUCUCUGUUUGUGCGGUUGUUCGGUAAAUUAACCAUAUAGUCCCAAUUGCAGAGCCUGUUUGAGGUAUAUUAGCCAGUGUAACGGAUCACCUGGCACCCCAACUGGGUAUCUCCCUUGAAGGAUGCUCCUAGCGCUUCCUGAGGAUUCCAAGCACUCUAGCCAACACCACAACCACCGCAGGCCGAACCUCUCUUCCUUCAGAGUGAAGCAGGAACGAGUUCUUAAAAGAAAUUAGGAGUGAUUUAUAGCAAGGGAAUAUGCAGAGCCUAGCAAUCCCUUGUAGCAGAUUCCCCCAAUAAGAGACAGGACUCCAAAUUGAGGGUGAAGUAGAACUGUCUAAAACGUUAUUUUACUUGGGACUAGUCCAUAUGGUCAUUACAUUAACAUUGCUGUGAAAACUCAAUAAAAUUACAAACAGUCAAAUCAUAGCAGACAACAUACAGUGAAUUAUAACUUAAUUACAUAUUUAUAAAUGGGUGGGGAAGACCAUAAUUAACACACAAUGUCUCUCCUGCAUGCAGAAUUUGCGAUAUGCAAAUCUACCCGAAUAUGCAAAUUACCAGUCUUGCUAUUCAGGUAGUGCAUAUUACUGUUGCUACCAACAGAGGGCACUAUACAAGCUCCAUAGCCAAAUCCACCUAGUUGGUAGCAAUUCUCAGCAGUACAGGAGAGCAGGCAAUACAUCCCAGGGGCCAUAGUCACAUGGCAGGAGGCUGGCAAUCAGUCUUCUCCAAUGCCCAGUGGCAAGGCUGGUUCCGCCACAUUUCUCCCCUUUUCCAAACAGACUAACAGAGUAUCUGACCUCCUGCCGGUCAGUGCCCUGGUUAGUUCAGCAACCCACCCACGAAACACAAACAGUAAUACAGCCCACCCACAAUACAUGGUUACUACACCUGGGUAAAAGAUUAGCUCGUCCAGGUGCCUCACCACGGCUGUGUGGGGUACUGAUAGGUUGCCUUGGUGGGUUGCUCUGGUGCCAGCGCUACCACGGGAGUAGCCUGGUUGGAGCCAUGCUGAAAAGAAGAGUUGGUAGGCUCCUCUCUUGAGAUCUGGGGCUGCUGCUGGAGGGGGAGACUGACUUUCUCCCCUUUGGCUAAACAGCCCUGCUGCUGGGGGACAGGACCGACUGUCCCUACUCCUGGUGGUGCAUGUGCAGAGACCACGGUCCCAUCUGCACUGAUGUGGAGCCUACUGUCUCCCCUUGGUGGGCGAAGCUGCCGCUGGGGAGAGGGGGGUAACAAGCUCCUCUCCCAUACAUACUUUCAACCGCUGGGGAGAGGGAGUAACAAGCUCCUCUCCCAUACAUACUUUCAACCGCUGGGGAGAGGGAGAAACAAGCUCCUCUCCCAUACAUACUUUCAGCCGCUGGGGAGAGGGAGUAACAAGCUCCUCUCCCAUACAUACUUUCAACCGCUGGGGAGAGGGAGUAACAAGCUCCUCUCCCAUACAUACUUUCAACCGUUGGGGAGAGGGAGUAACAAGCUCCUCUCCCAUACAUACUUUCAGCCGCUGGGGAGAGGGGAUAACAAGCUCCUCUCCCUGACACUCUCUCUGCUGUUGGAGAGGGGGACCGACUGUCUCCCCCUUCAAUAUAUUGUCCCGCUGCUGGGGAGCGAGACAGACUGUCUCUGCUCCCUGCCGGACACACUGCUGCUGGGGAGGAAGGACGGUACCUUCAGCUCCCUGGGACUCACUGGACUGCUGGGGAGACUGACCAACUGUCUCCUCUCCUAAGGAGACACACUGCUGCUGGGGAGGAAGGACGACACCUUCAGCUCCCUGUAACACACACUGCCGCUGGGGAGGAAGGACUGAACCUUCGGCUCCCUGGGACUCACUGGACUGCUGGGGAGAGGGACCAACUGUCUCCUCUUCUAAGGACACACACUGCUGCUGGGGAGGAAGGACGGCACCUUCAGCUCCCUGGGAAACAUACUGCCGCUGGGGGAAGGACGGCACCUUUGUCUCCCUGUAACUCACUGGACUGCUGGGGAGAGGGACCAACUGUCUCCUCUCCUAAGGACACACACUGCCGCUGGGGAGCGGCACCUUCAGCUCCCUGGGAUACAUACUGCCGCUGGGGAUCUGGGCGACUGCCCAGCAUCCCUGUAGGGCCGGUAGAGAGACCUCGGUCCCAUCUCCACCUGCCAGCUGGUUGUCUUCCCAGGACAAGUCAAUAAGGUCUUCCAUCUCUGGGGCUGGUUGGGACGUAUGUGGUACAGUACCAAGGUCCCCUGAUAACAGGCUUGGUUGCUGGGGAGGAGGAACUAAACUCAAUGCUUCCAGUGGUAUACAGUCAAUAAGCCCCAUCAUGUCAGAGACAGGCGGCGUUGUACGUUGGAAUAGGCAAACAUAAUCCUGUUCUAGUUCCCACUCCCGGUUGGCAAGAAUAGAUAGAUCUGGCUGAAUGGCAUCGAUCUCCGUAAGGUCCCAGUUGUCUGCCCGCUCAGCACGGAUGGACCAGAAGCGAGCAAUGUCGGUGUCUCCGAACCAGAGACUAGUUUCAAUAGUAUCCCACAACAAACCAGGGCCAUCGAUCAAUACACUUGUACUCGAUCAGCCAUGGGUAGAGGUGGUAAGCAUUCCACUGCAGGGCCCGAUAGAAAUCAUCCAGCCACACCUCAGUCUCAACUAGCGUCUCCAGUUCGCUUACCCAUUCCUCUGAGGGCUGGUUUCCCAAUAACUGCAUCUGCAGCUCUAGUUGUUCUGCUUGGCGCUGGUUAGUGGUCAGGAUUUCCUCACACCGGAAGGAUCGAAUUUCGUCCUUCCAGAAAUCGGUACGAAGUGCCACCCUCCACUCUGUCUCUCUUUCCUCUGGGAUAGGAUACUCCAUACUGCGCAUCACAUCCUGUAGUCACUGCUGGAGCCUGGUGUCAAAGUGAGAUACUGCACGGCCUUCCUUCUCUGAAGUAGUGCUAGGAAGUAGUAGGGCUAGGAAGCCAUCCCACCGCUGCCAACAAUGUAACGGAUCACCUAGCACCCCGACUGGGUACCUCCGUUGAAGGAUGCUCCUAUCGCUUCCUGAGGAUUCCAAGCACUCUAGCUGACACCACAACCACCGGAGGCCGAACCUCUCUUCUUUCAGAGUGAAGCAGGAACGAGCUCUUAAAAGAGCUUAAGAGUGAUUAUAACAAGGGAAUAUACAGAGCAUAGCAAUCCCUUGUAACAGAUUCCCCCAAUAAGAGACAGGACUCCAAAUUGAGGGUGAAGUAGAACUGUCUAAAACUUUAUUUUACUUGGGACUAGCCCAUAUGGUCAUUACAUUACCAUUGCUGUGAAAACUCAAUAAAAUUACAAACAGUCAAAUCAUAGCAGGCAACAUACAGUGACUUAUAAUUACAUAUUUAUAAAUGGGUGGGGAAGACCAUAAUUAACACAAAAUGUCUCUCCUGAAUACAGAAUUAGCGAUAUGCAAAUCUACCCGAAUAUGCAAAUUACCAGUCUUGCUAUUCAGGUAGUGCAUAUUACUGUUGCUAGCAACAGAGGGCACUACACAAGCUCCAUAGCCAAAUCCAGCUAGUUGGUAGCAAUCCUCAGCAGUACAGGAGAGCAGGCAAUACAUCCCAGGGGCCAUAGUCACAUGGCAGGAGGCUGGCAAUCAGUCUUCUCCAAUGCCCAGUGGUGAGGCUGGUUCCGCCACAGCCAGUUUUAUUGCAGGGGCCAUAGUCGCAGGGUAAAAGGCUGGCAAGUAGUCUCCUCCAAGAACUCGUGGCAAACUCCCUUGAAAAGGGGAGCUUGUCACAGACUGUAAUGAGUACUUCUAGAAUAAUUAGAACUAAUGUUAUUCUAAGAACUCUCUCUAGACUAAUGCCAAGAAUACAGAAAUAGACAUUGAUGUUAGAUGUGGUUAAGAGAUGGAGAGAACUCCAAGCAAAAGACCGGAUACCAUCUUUCUCCUACAAGGGGAAAAAAAUCUCCAACCAUAAAACUGUUCAAUAAACUCUUUAAGUGAGCUGUGCCCAGUCUAAAAAGAAACUGGCACCUUUUGGACAAUCCUGAUCUUUUUAUUGUUUUCAAAGGGAGUUUAGAAUAUAUAUCAGAAAAUAUGAAAGAAGCUUCGACCUCACCUUACCCCAUACUUAAUUUUGAAUGGAAUAUAUAUCACAUACACACACAAUGGUGACAUCAUGCACAGUAAACAAUACAAAAAAGAAAAUAGAAACACACAUUUGUUAAAGAGAGAAAAAAAAAUUGUCACAAGACAAUAGUUAAAUGACAUAGUUUUGGCAGAAUAACAUUCUCAUAAAACCAUCUUGUACGUCAGUAUAAUAAUACAUACAAUACAAGUUGUUUUACAAAGCCUUUUAUUGUGUAUCGCAGCAAAUAAACAAUUCAUGCCUCGAUGUCCCCCAUGUCACAUGUUGGAAGGCCAUUUGGCCUGAAUUUGUGGGAGGAGUCAUGACCCUAUAUAAACCCUACCCCCCUAUUUACCUUUGCCGUUCAAGCUUUUUUUUCUGUCUCCAUAGUUACCUGCACUUCCGGUCCGUUGUUCCCACCAGUCCUACCUCUAGCAAACAGUCUGUCUUCGGCAGCUCCUACUGCCGACCUCCGGGCUCGUCCACCGGCUGCCCCGCCAUAUUCAUUACCUGUUCCCGGCUAUCUGGCUUCCGGUCACAAGACCGGCGCGCACACAUAAGCAUCAACGUGGGAAAUAGCAUUCGGCUAUUUUCCACGGUCGGGCCUAAAAACGCGGGGAUAGGCUCCCCAUAUUACUUUGUGUAAUGACGCCGUUCGUGUACUUCUGCGUUCGUGCGGCUAUCAGCCGACCGCAGAGUACACACGCUUUCUUUUGCUCUCGUUAAGUAAUUUACCAACCGCUUAUACUCACCUACGUUGGCCUGUUUCUUACACAAGUUCGUUUAGCCGAACACAUACAAUCUUUCGUUUGCUCCUAAAUCUAACUAUUACACACGGUCCUAUUAUAUCCCUCUUGCACGUUUGGUUAGCCGAACGCAAGAGGUUUUAAGCAUUUUUUUUUUUUUAUAUAAGUUAAGUAUGUUCCUCCAUAUUAUUUCUUUGAAAUAUUUAUGUACACGGUUCUCCCUACGGUUUCCUUAAAUCUGUGUGGCACUAUUCACCCCCCAUUUUCACAUUUAAUUAUGGAUAAUUUCCCAGGGGUUUUCUCUUAAAGAAACAGUUGGCCCCUAUACGCUUGUAAUAUCAAUAGGCUGAGCCACCAUCAAGCCUCUUAAUUUUAUCCAGCUCCACGCUUAGUUUGUUCAUUGGCUCAUAUUUCUUAAAUCUCUGUCUAAAUUAAAACUUUAUACCCGGUUCCUUGUACUUAAAUAUAAAUAUGUUUUAGGUCUACUACUCUUAGGUUACCAUUUUUACAUUUCUCCUGAGGCCUCAUUCAGCCUCCACGGCCUUUUUUACAAAUCCUCUCCCACCUCCCAAAGUGGGUUACAAACACACCAUGUGUAAAGAGGCCUCACCUCUUUAUCAUUUCUACAUAUAAUUUCUACAUAUCAUUACUUAGACCUGCGCCAUUUCACAGACUCACUACGCCAACAACAACCAGCAGGCUUCCUGGUCCCGGCGUUUCAGUUUCAGGUAUCAUUAAUCUUACUCACUAUGAUUACAUUCCUUUUAAGGCCUCACUUUGCCUCCGUAUCAUUCACAAGUAAUGUACAUUUGUGGGAACCCAGGGGCUAAAGUUUUGGACCAACGUUCAGUUCCUCAGCUUACACAGGUUCUUACUCUACAGUUUCUCUAUUACACACUUCUCCAUACGUUCGACAUUUUUACACUUGGUAUACCAGUGGCACGUCUCAGGUCUACUAGCAUCUUUCUUACCCCUAGGUUCCUGGACUGGACCUAUUGUUUGUAAAAUAUAUAUAUAUAUAUAUAUAUGUAUAUAUGUAUUAAGGCCGUUUGGCCUGUAUUUGUGGGAGGGGCUUAAAUUAAUUCACUCCCCUAUAUAAGGGUCACCCCUUACCUGACUCAUAUCGCUUGAGGUCAGCAUCAGAAUGAUUUCCACUUCCGGGUCAUCCAGACGCCAUUUUACCUCCAUGAGGUUUUCUAAGCUGAGCUGUGUCAGGAAUCCAGCCACAGGCUUUUCCGGCCUACCACCUUCUUUCUUCAGUCCAUCGCCGUGGAUGGUGUCCAAGUGACUCACAAACCGUAAGUCGACCGACCCGCUACGCCAGGCAUCAGUCCCACGGCACCAUGCACGGGUCAGGUCCUCACUUUACGGCUGCAUUUUGUCUAAGUCUGUUCUAAAACCAUUGCAUGUUCAUGCAUAUCAAUCGUUGAAACCCCCUACCGGUCUUUGGGUGUACUACAGGCUUCUUAGACAUUAUCACAUUUCAUGUACAAACCAAGGAACCACUGCAUUUUCGCCUACACACUGACCCCUACCGGUCAUUCGGUGUAAUACAGGCUUCUCAGACAUUAUUGCAUUUCAUGUACAAACCAACGAACCACCGCAUUUUUCACCUACACGGUGACCCCUAUCGGCCAUUCGGUGUACUACAGGCUUCUUAGACGUUUUUUUGCAUUUUCAUGUACAAACCAAUAAACCACUGCAUUUACACCUACACACUGACCCCUACUGGUCUUUCGGUGGACUACAGGCUUCUUAGACAUUAUCGCAUUUCAUGUACAAAUCAACAAACCACUGCAUUUUCACCUACACACUGACCCCUACUGGUCUUUUGGUGUACUACAGGCUUCUUAGACAUUAUCGCAUUUCAUGUACAAAUCAACGAACCACUGCAUUUGCGCCUACACACUGACCCCUACCGGUCAUUCGGUGUACUACAGGAUUCUCAGACAUUAUUGCAUUUCAUGUACAAACCAAUAAACCACUGCAUUUUUCACCUACACACUGACCCCUACCGGUCAUUCAGUGUACUACUGUCUUCUCAGACAUUAUUGCAUUUCAUGUACAAACCAACGAACCACUGCAUUUGCGCCUACACACUGACCCCUACCGGUCAUUCUGUGUACUACAGGCUUCUCAGACAUUAUUGCAUUUCAUGUACAAACCAACGAACCACGGCAUUUUUCGCCUACACGCUGACCCCUGCCGGUUAAUCGGUAUACUACAGGCUUCUCAGACUUUAUUUCACUUCAUAAGCAAACAAACUAACUACAGCAUUUUCGCUUUUAUACUGACUUCUAUCUGUCAAACCGUAGGAUUAAUCCCUUAAGGACACAUGACAUGUGUGACAUGCCAUGAUUCCCUUUUAUUCCAGAAGUUUGGUCCUUAAGGGGUUAAAGUGUAUUUUUACCAUACAAUCAGCAUUUCUGGCCCCUACUGGUCAACAGCAAAACUGUCUUCACAUGUCAUAUACAAUUUACCAGCCAAUAUAAAUUACACAUAAGAUUGUUUUAAACAUAACCAUAAACCAUAAAUUUAAACUCCAGCACGGGCUCAACUUCAGGUUUAAUUCACAAUAAUUCCUAGAUUUUACUAUUAACAUGACGUAAAGUCAUGAUUUUAUUAAAGACACGGAGGCGAGUAUUAUGCUUCUCUUUCUUUAAUUCUCCCUCAGCAGCGAAGAGAGAUAUAUGCAAAAGAGAGAAAAAAUAACAAUAACAUUAGCAUAUGGAACAGUGCUCAUAGGUAUCCACCCCCUUAGUAUAUAAGGUGUAGCACUCCAUGCUUCUUCCUCUUUCUUCCGUGAUCCGAAGACCAGAUCCAUAACCGAACUGUAACUUGGCCCAAACAGGAACAGUGGGCGAUAGGUAAUGUCCAAUCCUUGAGGUUAGACUGUAACGCUUUGUAACGGAAAUUCACCCCUUUGACCGUAUGAUUCAGGCUAAAAGAGAGGAGAAAAUAUGGUAAUAUAUGGUCGGCAACUGGUUGCAUUAUGUAUCCCCAUGUAGGUAAAAACUAAGUCGUACAAAGUAGUAGUCAUGUCGGCAUAAGAGAAAGUAAGAUAUGAUUAUGUCUACUAUAUCACAAAAUCACCUACCUGAGAGACGUAUGAGCGCACCUUCAGGUAUCUAUAUUGUAGGAGUCCACCUGAUCUGUGGUUGGUAUCCGUUGAGAAAAACCAAUCCCUCCACCCAGGGAGGGUGGGAGGGAAUAAUACUCGCCUCCGUGUCUUUAAUAAAAUCAUGACUUUACGUCAUGUUAAUAGUAAAAUCUAGGAAUUUUAUUAAAGACACGGAGGCUCCUAUUAUGCUCUUUCAAAGCUGAGCAAUGACUCUUUCCGGGAAAUGUUGGAUUGGUUUAAAAUAGAAAUUCCGGAAUGUGGAUUCCGUAGACCAGUCUGCGGCCUUCAGGAUGUCUUCUAACCGGCACCCUACUGUCGAUGCUUUAGAAGCCAUAGCGCCUCUGACCGAAUGGGCCGAAAAAAUUGUAACGUCUAUCCCGGCCGAGGCCAAUAACCAUUUGGCCCAACGGGCGAGAGUAGGUGUGGAUACUGGUAGGUGCGGUUUCUUUAGUGAAAUGAACAAAGGGCCGUAGUUUGACGGUCUUAGGGAAGAAGUACGGGUUUCGUAUUCUUUUAAGCAUAGAAUUGGGCACAGCUUCGGUUGGUGCGGGAGGUGUGGAUAGAAAACUUGUUUAGUCGCUGAUUUAGUUCUUCUUGAAAUAUCGAAAGACACCCCUUCUGGAGUGAAUAAGCGGGCUAGCCAGUCCAAAGCCCUUACAUCUGACACGCGUUUACAGGAUAAUAAACAUAAAAUCAUGAGUAGUUUAGCGGACAGCUGUUUGAUUGACAGUGCCGCGUUGUCGGGCCAUUCCUCCAGGAAUUUGAACACUAUGUUGACAUCCUAAAAGGAUCCGUACCUGGGUUUUGGUGGCCGUGAAAAACGUAUACCUUUGAGUAAGCGACAUAUCAGGGGGUUCUGACCGAGGGGAGUCCCGUCCACAGUAUCAUGACCUGCUGAGAUAGCAGACCUGUAGAUGUUGACUGUACGGAAUGCCUUGCCCGAUUCGAACAAUUGAGUGAGGAAGUCCAGUACCGUCUUUACAGAAGCUGAUAUGGGAUCCACUGAUCUUUCCAGGCACCAAUCGGACCAAGUUCUCCAUGCCGUAGCAUAUGCGCGCCUUGUUCCCGGUGCCCAGGCGUUCGCCAAGAGUUGGGUAGUUGUUCCCGAAACUUCCGUGAUUUCCCAGGGUCCCCGGAAAGGAGCCAUGCCAUGAGUCGGAGGAUUCCCCGUUCUAUCAAGUCGUGAUUCUCCCCAUCUGGGUUGGUUAACAGGGACGUUUGAUCCGGUAGUAACCGUGGGAAGUCGAUCGCCAUUUCCAGAAGGUGAGGGAACCAGGGUUGGGAUCUCCAGCACGGUGUUAUCAAGACCAACGAGGUUCUGUAGCGUCGAAUGUAUGUUAGAGUCCGAGCAAUCAGGUUGAACGGGGGAAAGGCGUAUGCUCGUCCCCCGGUCCAGUCCUGAAGGAAAGCGUCUGUCGCCAAGGCUUCCGGGUCCGGUCGCCAGCUGAAGAAUUGAGGAAGUUGAGUGUUCAGUCUGGAUGCAAAGAGGUCCACACUCAAGGGCCCCCAUAGUCGAGCUAUCCUGGCGAAGACUUUUGGUUGAAGCUUCCAGUCCCCCAAAUCCCUCAGAUAUCGGGAGUUCCAGUCCGCGGUGUAAUUGUCCAGGCCCGGUAUGUGUUCCGCGGUCACCGACACAUUGUUUUGUAAACAGUAAUGCCAGAAGUCUCGAGCUAAAACCGCUAGGAUGCGUGACUUGGUACCUCCAAGAUGGUUUAUGUACCUGACUGCCGAGACGUUGUCUAACUUGAGGAGGAUCGAGCAUGAGGCGCCCUUGGGUGUGAGGCUGCGAAUGGCAAAUGAGGCCGCCAGUAGUUCCAGUGAGUUUAUGUGUAGGAAUGAUUCGUCUACUGACCAUCUGCCUCCUGUGGAUAUGGAGCCGCAGCGCGCGCCCCAGCCAUGUAAGCUUGCAUCCGACUCGAUUAUCAUAUCUGGAGUGGAACCGAAGAUUGCCCGUCCAUUCCAUGCUUCCAUGUGGGUCAGCCACCAGUCCAGUUCCUCCCUGGAUUCUUCGUCCAGCGUGAUGUUGGAUUCGUACGACUGACCCUUCCUUAGGCAGGAAGCCUUUAGGCGUUGUAGCGCCCGAUAGUGUAGCGGUCCCGGGAAGAUCGCCUGUAUAGAGGAUGCUAGUAAGCCGAUUACCCGAGCCAGUUGUCUUAGAGAAAUGUCCGAACGGUUCAUUAUCCUCCUGAUCUCCUUCUUGAUGUUGGACAUCUUGUCUGAAGGGAGGCACAGGAUUUGUUGUACCGAAUCGACUCGGAAUCCUAGGAAUUCCAUCUGUUGAGAAGGUUGUAGCACCGAUUUCUCCCAGUUCACUAGAAAACCGAGGUUCUGCAGGAGGUGAAGGGUCCACGACAGGUGUGGCAGCAGAAGGGAUCGUGUCCCAGACAGUAUGAGGAUAUCGUCCAGAUAGAUAAUGAGGCGAAUCCCGUGUAAUCUGAGAAAUGCUACCACUGGUUUCAGCACUUUCGUAAAGCACCAGGGAGCGGAGGAGAGCCCGAAAGGGAGGCAACAAAAGCGCCAUUUCUUUGUGCCCCACCGGAACUGUAGGAGAUUCCUGUGUGUUGGUGCUAUCGGGAUCGUGAGAUAUGCAUCUUGCAGAUCGAGUUUCACCAUCCAGUCUCCUGGGAGAAGGAGGUCUCGGAGGCAGUGUAUGCCCUCCAUUUUGAAAUGCCGAUAUUGUAUGAAGGCAUUGAGGGGCCUCAGGUUGAUAACUGGGCGGACACCCCCGCCUUUCUUCGGCACCAAGAACAGGUUGCUUAUAAAACCUGGGGUAUCUAGAGGGAUUUCCUCUAUGGCAUUUUUGUUGUACAAGGUUUCUAUCUCCGUGGAGAUGAGGUCGUAGUGAGACUGUGGCAUGUGUGGCACACGCGGGAGGGAAACCUGAAAGGGAAGACCCGUCAAUUCUAGUUGGUAACCCUCUACAGUCUGCAGUACCCAACUGUCGGACGUGAUAGUGGCCCACGUUUGAGAAAACAAAGCCAGUCUGCCCCCCACAUUUAUAUGGGAAAAAUGGGGAAAAAUCGUACUCACCAUAAGGGCGUUUUCCUGGGGUUGUUCCUCUGCCGCCACGGGCAUUCCAAGAUCUUCCUCGAGAAGGGAAGAACGGGGUGUAGGAACGUUCCUGGGUCUGUCUCUGUGUGUUGGAGGAGCCUCUGCCCGGUCUGGAGAAACCCCGGGGGUUGCGGCCGGAUAGACGGCUCCUACCUCUACCGGCCCCACCGAAAACCUUUUGGUGGAAUACCCUCUUCAUGGAUGAUUGGGCUUUAUCCAGCGCCGUGAAUGUUUUGACAUAGGAGCCCAGGUCUUUGACGAAGGAUUCGCCAAACAAGAGACCCUUAGCCGCGGCCCCUGGUUCAGAGGAGGCCAUACUAGCCAGCUUGGGUUCGAUUUUCAGCAGGAUGGCCUUCCUGCGUUCUGUUGACAUGGCAGUAUUAGCAUUGCCGAUCAUGCAGACCAAGCGUUGGAGCCAUCCAAACGCUACUUCAAAGUCUACUGGAGCCUCACCCGACUGAGCUGCUUCCAGCAGUUCGUAUAAUUUAGUGACAGGACCCAGAGUGUCUAGGAACUUGUCCUGACAAUUACGGAGGGAGUAGUCCAGUCCCCUCUUGGCCUUCCAGCCUGUUUUGGCUAGAAACCGGGCUAUCUGAGGGUCCACUUCUGGGGUUUUUGCCACAGCAUCAGGGAUUAUGGGUCGGGGGCACUCCGCUCUCAAUUUAUUACGGCUCUCUUGAGAAAGGGACUUACGUACCCUGAGGGCUAGGUAUCGGGCGAUGUGUUCAGAUGGUUCCCACUCGGCAGAGCGUGGGUGUCUUAAGUUGUCAGGGUCGAAUAGCGUGACCUCUUUAGGGUCACGGGCUGCUUCUGCCUCGGGCGUCCCUGCAUGAGCAGUGGUACGCGUUGCCGUCAAGGGGAACUGCUUUCCCUGGAGGCUUUCACCCUCUGAGAGCUCGUCCUCGUACGGGUCAGAGUACGGGGCGUCAGACCCCUCAUCCCCCUCCUCGUCUGAGUCAGACAGUAUAUCAUGGGCUCUAGCCCUUUUCCAGUCUCUGGUAGCCGUAGCUCGCCCAGAAGCUCUAUUGCGCGGUUGUUGCGCGCCAUCAUGGACAGCCUGAGGCAUGUCAGUCAGAGCAGGGUCAACCUGCAUGGGGGGGGGUCUUGUGAAUGUCUGCGUUUGGUUAACGCUUUGUGGCCUGGCAGCCUCCCUUCAGGAGGGGUAUGGGUCAAGGCAGGGGUAGAGUGAGGUUGUACCUGUUUAAGCGCUUGCGUGAUGGAGUCCGAGAUGGUAGAGGACAUCGCGCCCAUGGCUGAAGAUAUGGCCUUGGAAAUAGAUUUGGACAUGGUGGUGUCCAGAAGGGAUUGGAAUUCCUCAGAGCCCAUGAGUCCAGGGUCUAGCUGAGGAUCAAGAUCAGUAGUGGCCAUAGAGGGGCUAUGUUUGCCAGGGCAUUUAUCACCAGAUUGCAUGGCAAGUAAUAGUGCAAGUGAGAAAAUAACAAAUAGAAAAUAAAGUGAAAAUGCAGAGUACUAGGAUUGAUUAACCCAGGUACAGGAUGGAAAAGUACAGGGAGAUGGAAGGUUAAUUCCAGGAAUAUAUGCAGAGAGAAACAAAACUGUACUAGUAGGGGGGCUGCCGGAACGAAAUCCGGUGAGGGAGGGGUCAAACGUCACUAAAACCAGGAGAGAAAAUGGCCGCCGCGAGCUACCGCGCAUGCGCGGAGCAUGCGAGCGGCGGGAAACUGGGGGAAAGUGAAUCGCCGCGCGGACGAAAGUAGGUCCGGCCGGCGGUGUUGUAAAUAGUGCCGGGAAAUGCCGCGGGUUGACCGAUGGGUCCCCCGGGCGAAAAACCGGCAGGUAGUGACCGGGGAGGGAGCCCCAACCGGAGGGAGGGGGCUGGGAGAUGGAAAUAGUAUGAAUCCUAGGAAAAGAGAGAGGCCGGCCACCGCAGAAUAGACACAGACAAAUAAACACAGGCAGUGUGAGAAAAGAAGUGGGAAAAAACAGAGAAAAGGAGGGAUAAACUGUAUAAGGAGUAUCCCCACAGUAAUACCACAAGGAUAUAAAUCCAAUAGCUAUAAUAUCUGUAGAAACAUCCCACAGUGUAUACAUAUAAAUUACAAUAUGAGAGUGUACUUAUCUUCUGAGGGAGCAGCGAAGAAAGAGGGAGAAGCAUGGAGUGCUACACCUUAUAUACUAAGGGGGUGGAUACCUAUGAGCACUGUUCCAUAUGCUAAUGUUAUUGUUAUUUUUUCUCUCUUUUGCAUAUAUCUCUCUUCGCUGCUGAGGGAGAAUUAAAGAAAGAGAAGCAUAAUAGGAGCCUCCGUGUCUUUAAUAAAAUUUACAUUUCACAUCAAGACCAACAGUGGUUCUAUCAACACUGCCACCUACAGGUCUGUCAAGUACAUUGACAAUUUUCAUGGGGUUUUACAAACACCAAAACACUGACACCUAUAGGUCAAUAGACAAACAACAUUUCACAUACCAAUCAGUAUCCAACUACACUGCCACCUAUAGGGCACUCAACAGUUCUCCAGUGCACUUGCAUUUUGCAACACCAUGUUCACUGACCCCUACCAUGCAAUAAGACAUACAACAAUUCACAUAGCAAGUACUAUAUCAAACAUCUGGUAUAAAUACAUAUAUUAUUACACAGUAGCACACGCAUCUGUAUAUAUGUAACUGGUAAUAUAGUUCACAUACAUUUUUCACAGCAUGCUGCUCACACAACAGACUUUCCCCUAGCAAGGGGACAUACAACAUACAAGGUGGGGACAGACCACUUUUUCACUUGUACAUACGUAUUAAGAUAAGCUUGGUCUAUGCCAUAUUUCCUUAUGCCAUACGGUUUUAUCCAUUCAGGUUACAGUUACUACUAAAAAACCUAUACGGAUUGUCAGGUUCAAUACCAUACUACCAGGUACAUACACCUGCUCAUGUAGUUAUCCAUCUCUUACCUUCCCUGUAAUAGUAAUAGUGUACUGGCAAUUAGGGUUCUAGGGCCCAAUAGGUAUUACCCCCUUUUUUCUCUGCAUUAUGCUUCGGUUAGUGGUCCCGCGAGGCCAACACCCCGCCUCACACUCGGAGGCAUACACCCCUCGGGCCACUCGUGAGCUAGCCGCCUCGCAUUGUAUCAUAGAGAGGGCCUCACCUGUCACUCCCCUUCCUAUUUUCUGGUUACUGUCACCGAGAGGCCAACAUCCUGCCACAACGUUCGGUGGCCACACAAAAUCCCCUCGCGCCAAGCAUAGAUAGAGCCUCUCAAGCCACUUGGCAACUAGCAGGGCCUCACCAGUCACCAAAAAACACCAAGCCUAAUCGUUUCGCCUUACGGCUUAGCUAGCAAGCCAGUACAAGACGCCUGGGUACAAAUAAUAAUUGCAAUCUUUGUUAUUUAAGUAUUUCUCAAGAAGAUGGUGAAGAAUCACCUCUUCCUAGCACCCUGGCUAGCAUUGAUACACCUUCAAGCAGAGGAGAUGUUGCUAGUCCAGCAGCAAUCAGAUCCUGGACGAUCCCAUGCAUUACCACCAACCUAUGGAGGUGACAAAUCCCCUACCUUGCCACAGCAAGGAAAGCAGAGUUAUUCAAACUCCUCCAUGCAUCAACGGACAACACGGAGGCAGGGGAAGGCCCUGCUACACCAACUCAGGUGACACCCAGGCCAUGCUAGUCUCACUCAAACUCAUAAACCAAAAAAAAAAAAAAUUUAUGAAAGACUGGCAAUCUCGAGUCGGUCACCACAGCCCUCACAAUGCUGGGCCUCACGCUACUGUACACCCAGCACCAACCAAAACUCUGUUACCUGGUACAAUAAAUUCUUAUGACACACAAGACGUUAACCCUGCACGUAUGAUCCCAGCACAUUGGGGAAGCAAGGCAUAUAUAUGUAUGAUGAUGUAUCUGUGAUGGUCAGAUCCAGGGAUUCCAGGUAAAUCAGGAACUGACCAUCCCUUGGUUGGGUUGGCAUUUGGAAUAUGUAGAGAUAUUUAUUUGUGCAGGUACCCAUACAGAAGGGAUUUUGUUCCAAACAAAUGGACGAGCACUCUCAGGCUCUAGGUACCAGCACCUCUGAACUACCAGAGACAAUUGAAUAUUGCAUUGCAUAUAGACUGUUGCAUAUAUGUUCAAAUGGUUCAGGGCACAUGACAAACCAUGUGUCCCAAUACAACUUACAAAUAACGUACUCACCAUCUGUACACACCAAUGCAUUUUCAACACUCCUGACUCAUCAACCUUCCAGACUUGUAAUAGAUUUACUAAAGCUCUGGAGCUUCAAAGGGCUCCCAUACAGGCAUCAUAAAUACACCUUCAAGGAAUAUAGCAUGCCCUCACUUACAGUCAGCACAACAGAACCAUUGGCUGUAAACACACUCAUAGCCAAGAUUUGCAGAGGGGUCUUCCAAUCUCCACCAUUUACAGCAUGGCACCAAACACAAACACAUUGGUAUUGUCACAAGGAAUCUUCCCUUAAACAAAGACUAACCAUAAACUUAUUGGCACCACACACCUCCGCUACCCCAAGUCUCAACUCCCUCAAACCCUCUGAGGAGUUUCCUUACUAUACAACACCAUUGAUCUACCUUUACAGCUAUCACUCAAGCAUGGGUUAAAGCUUGGUUAAGUAAGACCAAUAUCAUCAACGCAGUAAACGGCUACCAUCUACCCUACACACUGGCACUUACAUGGCAUAAAAUGGUCAAUCCUUUCCCCGCUCAACUUUUGGGUUACAGAUUAGCCUACUAUCGAUAUUCGCAGAUACUCUGUGCUGGUUAUGAUAACAUAUCCAGAGGCCUUACAGUCAUACACUAUCUAGAAGACUUCUUGUUGAUCAAAGAUAACAUAUUUUUCACUAGAAGCCUCACGGCAGCUUAGUCUGGUUGACCACUUGGGCGUCCCAGUAUCCCAUAAAAAACAGAAGGCCCAGACACAUCAAAUUACUGGGCAUACGACUUGAGUCAGCAUCCAUACACACAAGUUACCACAAGACAAAUAGGGAACACUCUCAACUACAUCAAUCACUACCUCCUGCUUAGUACUUACAACUGCAAGGAACUACAAUCCCUACCAGGUUCCUUAAUUUUGCCAUGCCAAUCAUACCACAAGACCACACUUUCACAUCCAGAGUACUUUCCCCCUUUUUCCACACUUCCAACAUGACGAUCAGAGGAUGUCCCUAGACACCCCAGCAACAGCAGACCUGCACAUGUGGGAAUUUCUUAACCAUUUUGCAUGGUAAAAGCAUGUUCCUUCCAGGAUUGUCUGACACUUCUCCAACCAGAUGUUCAGACGCGGCGUCUACCACGGGUUUGGCAGCGAUCUACCAGGAACCAUUACUUUGGAGCUGUUGGCCAUGGCAUCCAGGUUUGGAAGUUUUUCCACCACCUCAGCCCCUUUGGGGGAUCUACCCCAUUGUAGCAGCUGCUGUGGCAUGGGAUAAAUCAUGGUCAGGAUCAUCAAUCCAUUGUUACUCAGACAACUAAGCACAUGUCAUAUCAUCAACAAACGCCACUACUCAUCCAUAAGGUCAUGAUAUUUCUGGGGAACUCACUUGGUUGGCAACUUAUCACAUUUCUUUUACUUUCAUGUACCAGGCGGGGGUAUACAUCCCUGCCGACAAUUGUCUCAUUUAUAUUCCAGGCACGUUCAUCAUACGCUUCCUACAGCCGCGCAUAGAGUCACGUCCACUCUUUCAUUCCCAGAGACAAAAUCAUGGAUUAGACACUCAUGCAGCAUAGCAUGCACUAUCCCACCUAGCACUUUUGUCCCAUACUUGUAGAGCGCAUAACACAGCUUUUCACCUGGCUUAAAGAAUCUCAUUGGAACACGACAUAGCUCAACCUGUGUCAUAACAUUUCUCCUAGGUUUUUCUUCUUUUUGCCACCUUAAACUUAAACUAUCUCACACACCAUUAAUUAUAUAUUUUACAGGCAUUCAACAACACAGGAUAACCUAUGGCCAAAACUACCAUAACUUCAUGCUAUCAUACCAGACAAGAAAAUACUCAGAGGUUUUCAGGAAUCCGUUCCCCCACGUUCCUCUCAGAGAUUACCAAUAGCCAUCCAACUUUUCAUCCUUAUCGGACCUAUUAGAUCUACAACCAUUCAAUUAUACUACCAAGUCGGCCAUUACCAGCCAUGCACAUUUCCUUUUAUGCCUUUCUCAGGCCAGAGAAUCCACUACAUCACCACCACUCAGACAGAUCAUUGUCUUUAACGAUCCCACGUGCGUAAACACAUAUAUCAUUACCUAUUGGCUCUACCACAUUCCGAAACGAGUCAACACGCACCAACAGUAGAGAUAACAUACUAUCCUACCCACAACAAAUGGUGUCCACUUUCGGUCCUAGAUUCCUACCUUCAAAAUCCUUCCAGGAAUUAAAUACUGUAAUGCCUUUAAGGAAAUGUCUGGUUAAUAUGUAUAUAUUUGUUGACUGUAUUAAAUCUUUGAUUAUUCAUUUUUGCCCUCUUUAUUUACAGGCCUACCGUAUCGUCGGUCUCGGCACACCACAACCGACUUGCUCCCUUUAUACUAUCCUACGCUUAUGCUGGAUCCUUACUCCAUAUACGGCUAUUUGCCCCUUACACAAGUAUUAAGGCCAUUUGGCCUGUAUUUGUGGGAGGGGCUUAAAUUAAUUCACUCCCCUAUAUAAGGGACACCCUUUACCUGACUCAUAUCGCUUGAGGUCAGCAUCAGAAUGGCCCUCCCACCCACUCCUCAUUUCAACACCUUCUCUUUUCUUUCCAUUUACUUUACUUUCUUACUCCUUACUUUCUAUAUAUAUUGAAGUCGCCCUGAGCAUUGUCCAAAUAUUCAGGACAAACACUCAAGGUCAGUAUCUACAUACGUAAAUACUUCAUUUCAAGAGACAAACCCCCUGCAGGUUAGAGAACUGGCUUCCUAGGAUCAGGCGCUGGCCCUAGCUUUCCCAAUUAAUACUAUGGUCCCGCAAGGUCUACACCCCCACCUCAUACACAGAGGUUCAGCCCCACGACCAAAUCAUAGCUAGCCACCUCGCUCGCCCUUCUUUAGGGCUACAGUUUGGGCUUCCCAAGUCACGGCCACACGUUUUUGAAACUCUUACAGUUAUCGAGAGGCCAACAUCCUGACACCUCGUUCUGGUGGCCACAAAAUCUCCUCGGCCCAAAUCAUAGGUAGAGCCUCUCACCGCCACUUGGCACUAGCAGGGCCUCACCUGUCACUUGGUUAUAGGUAAGAUUCUUCGUCUCGGCACUAGCUAGCAGGCCAGCUCUCCUGAAGUCUCAUCCCACCUCCACUAUCCCAUACGUAUCUAUAUCAUUAUUCCUUUCAGAAUGUCUCAAGAACCGACCAUCGAUCCCCCAUCAGAUGAUAUACCCAGCACGACAGCAAGGCCUGGGUCUCCGGAGGAAUCCCUCACUCCUUCUACUCCCAGAUCCCUAAGAUAUUGGACCAUUCCCAAAAUAUCGGCUGAGCUCAGGCUCAGGGGGAUCCCCUUUCCAGCCACCGCUAGAAAGGCCGAGCUUUACAAACUUCUGACGGCUCAGGCCCAAGGCCCAGCACGAGUUCACAAGGGCCUCCAGUUGGCUACUCUGAUUCCACCCAGGAAACUCUGGCUGCUAUACUGGUCAAUCUACAAACCAUAAACAGCAGGUUGCUAAAGGUGGAAUCAGCCAUAGCCACUCCAGGUGACUCUACAGCCCCAGCUGUCCCUACACCGGUAACCUCUACUGCUCAGAAUGACAUACCCCUUAUUUCCCCUCCCCCACCAGCCUCAACCACUCCCACUGCCCACGCCUCACCAGCCCACUCUGUCCCAGCUUCCAUUAAGAAGGAUAUUCUUGAUGGAAAGGACGUCAAUUUAAUGUCCCUCCUCAUAGCCUCACAAGACAUCCUAGAAAAUAGAGCAUAUAACUAUGGGGACAUUUCAGUAGUCUUAAGAGCCAGAUAUCCACGUUUGAACAAAAAACUCACCAUUCCACAGUUUAUCGCUUUUGGCACUUAUUGCAAUGUUAUUUGCACGGUGUACCCACAUAGGAGAGAAGAGCUUGAUUUAUACAUUCACAAGGUGGUUGAUUUGGGCAUCAAGUACAGAGGGUCCUCAUUUUACGAUUACCACAAAUCAGUUUCGGCCAAGGCAGCUACUUAUCUGGCACAGUUCAAUAUCAGAAUUGAUUGGUGCCAGAUAGAUACUGAGUUGUUUUGCCAUCAUUUUGCUGGUUUGAGGCCCCCGUCUUGUGCCUCGUGUGGUUCCACUUCACACUUUACCGACCUAUGCCCUGGAGACACAGACCCUUCCACUUUCACCUCCACACCCCACCACUCCUUCACCCCACUCACAAGACAGGAAGGCGGCCAGAGAGACAAACUGGGCAGACCCAUCACAUUCUUGGGUAAGGCGCAGGUGUGCAAUAACUUUAACACAGGCGCAUGCAGCUACAGCACAUGCAGGUUGUUGCACAUCUGCUCCAUAUGCUUCAGAGCCCACGCCAAGACCAUGUGCCCAACCUGUCUAUCACAUAACAAAUAUGUUGGUUCUACACGCACUCGUCACCAACUAUCUGGUGUCGGGUCCUUCCCAAAGGCUCUCACAUGGGACUCACGACCUUCCCCUCACUUUUCGAUCACACGACAUACACCAGGUGUUACCCGCAUUUACGGCAUCACGUACGGUGGACCACCGUUUGUCCACAAGCAUACGACGACAUCGCGUCCAAACCACGUCUCAUCCCAAUCGCACUUACCCCAUCACGGGAGGCUACUUACUUGCACUCCAAGCAAUAAAAGUUUGUUAUUGACCUUUCGUAUCUCUUCCCCCCCUCCCUCCCCAGAUCCAGUAUUAGUCUCUCUCAUACCAAACGUAUAGUUCUUGUUGUAAUUUGCCUACAUUCUACUAUUUCAGUGGGUAGAAACACAUGGUUAAGCAAGACAGGUAUAUCUUACACCUCAAAUACUACCCCUCCUCUCUUACGUACUAACUUUGCAGGCCAGUUGCCUCAGUAACUCUGACUCAUUAUCAUGGACGUAUACUACAAGUCCCCCCUCCCCCCAUGUUACGGACGAUGCAGAGGGGUCCCUGUCCUCACUGGGGCCCGUUGGCAUCGCGCCAAGAGUUACACUGUGGGGUUGCGCGUUGGUUUCUAAGGCUACUUCAUUUUGCUUCACGGUAUACCCAUUCCCUGCCCAACCAUUUGUAGAUCCCAAGGGCAUGCCUUCCCUCCGUUUUAGUAGACACCUGUGGGGGCCCAUGGGCCCUCUCAGUCGAAUGCCUAGUCUGUCUUUAAAGAAACAUCCAACCCCUGGUGCCACAACUCAGCUGCUGACACUCUUUCACGCUCUUAAUUUCAGGUCUCUGGCCAGGCUCCCCUUCCGGCCCACCUCCACACAUCCAGGACACCACAGUUCCACUGGCCAAUCCGGGUUUAAACAAACUAUUACUCCACACACAAGCACUCACGCACCGCGCACUGUCUCCCAAAACCACUGUAGCGGAGAGCUGGUCUUUCACAGGUUAACUCCACUAAAGAUCCCAGUGAGGCUCAGGAACAAGUAAUAAAAUUCCAUAGAGUAAUAAUCCCAGCAAGCAAUGUAAUCCACGAAUAUUCCCAUACAGAUCCCAAUGACUGGACGUCACACAGCAUCAGGAGCAGAACUGAACUUUUAAUCACACAAACUCCCUUUAAAGGUUUCUCCCAUGCAAGGGAGGGAUUCACAUUAAUUGGGACAGUAGCCAAUAGUACAGUAGUUACCUCCCAUACACCACCUCCCCUCAAUGUGACACAUAAUCCACUUAUACAUGAUACAGUUUUACCCGGUUUCUGGAUGUACCCCAAAACAGUUAGGUACAAUUAUCUAAGUGGCACCCCCGGUAACCCUGAUCUGGGUGACUAACAUAUUCAAAAUUCACCCAGAUCGGACCAGGGGUUCGGGAGUUAGGUGGAAGAGACAAUUUGACCGACCGCACACUUACAAGGUGUCCUUUCCAUCAAAACCAUGGUGGCUUUUGCCUCCUUUUUGCCAUCUACACCUAAAACUUUCACACAACACUAUCAAACUCUACCUUACUGGAGUGCAACACCACAUCCUCACUACCUUCCCUAACCACGCUCCUUUUCUAUCUUCCUACCCCAUCAAGAAAAUCCUCAAAAGGUAUUUUUAAGGUCACAGUUCCUCCUAGCACUACUAGGUUACCAAUAGACAUUCCAAUAUUCAGUCUCCUUAGCGAUCUAUUGGACAAAUCCCAGUUUGACCAUAGUACUAAUUUGGUCAUUAAAUCCGACAUCUUUUUGGCUUUCUACGGUUUCCUCAGACCUAGAGAGUUCACUGUGAUACGUCAAGGAGACACAGUCCAAUGUCUUAAACUUUCUCACUUAAAGAAAGUAGACGACCAUUACAUACUCUCCUUACCUUCAACUAAAACCAAUCACUCUGCCUAUCCCAUUAUCAUUCCCCUCUUCCCUACCGAGAAUCUGUGGUGCCCAGUACAUAUUCUGGAUUUGCUCCUGUUAUCUCACCACACGCACUCACCAGACACUCCACUACUUCCACUCCAAGGACACCCACUCACCACAGCUAUAUUUAUUUCACACAUCAGAACUCUCCUGUCAAUGUUGGGCUACAACCCAGCUUCCUUCUCUGGUCACUCGUUUCGCAUCGGCGCAGCAUCAUCGGCUUCAAGCACUAACACUCCGGUACACUUCAUUAAGAGACUAGGACGCUGGAAAGUAGAAGUAUAGAUCAGGGUGUUGCUGUGGAUGUGAUCUCUAUGGAUUUUGCCAAGGCAUUUGAUACAGUUCCACACAAUAGAUUAGUGGUCAAACUCAGGGAAAUCGGUCUAGAUGAAAAUGCUUGUUCUUGGGUAGAACAUUGGCUUAAAAACAGAGUACAAAGAGUUGUCAUUAAUGGUAAAUUUUUAAGCUGGACAGAGGUGGCAAGUGGUAUUCCUCAGGGGUCUGUUCUGGGACCCCUUCUAUUUCACAUGUUUAUAAAUGAUCUUGAAGACAGCAUUGAAAGUCAUGUUUCAGUAUUUGCAGGUGACACAAAACUUUGUAAAAUAAUACAAUGUGAGCAAGAUAUUACUUUGCUGCAGAGGGAUUUAGAUAGACUGGGGGCCUGGGCACUCAAAUGGCAGAUGAAUUUUAAUGUUGAAAAAUGCAAAGUUAUGAACUUCGGCGUAAAGAAUACACAAGCAACGUAUACCCUUAAUGGAAGCGAAUUAGGGAUAACAACACACGAAAAGGACUUGGGAAUUGUUAUAGACAACAAACUAUGCAACAAUGUGCAAUGUCAAUCAGCAGUGGCCAAGGCCAGUAAGGUAUUGUCAUGCAUGAAAAAGGGCAUUCAUUCUCGGGACGAGAAUAUAAUUUUGCCUCUUUAUAAAUCAUUGGUAAGACCACAUAUUGAAUAUGCUGUGCAAUUUUGGGCACCUGUUCUAAAGAAGGAUAUUAUGGCACUAGAAAAAGUGCAGAGGCGGGCUACAAAAUUAAUAAAAGGAAUGGAACAUAUCGGCUAUGAAGAAAGGUUAACAAAUUUAAACCUAUUUAGUUUAGAAAAACGUCGCCUGAGAGGGGAUAUGAUAACAUUAUACAAAUAUAUUCGGGGCCAAUACAAACCAUUGUGUGGAAAUCUAUUCACAAACCGGACUUUACAUAGGACACGAGGCCAUGCGUUUAGACUGGAAGAAAGAAGAUUUUGUCUAAGGCAAAGGAAAGGUUUUUUUACUGUAAGAACAAUCAGGAUGUGGAAUUCUCUGCCUGAAGAAGUGAAGAAGUUUUAUCAGAGUCCAUACAGAUGUUCAAACAGCUACUAGAUGCAUACUUGCAAAAACAGAAUAUUCAAGGAUAUAAUCUUUCAAUGUAGGGUAAUAACUGCUUGAUCCAAGGAUAAAUCUGACUGCCAUUCUGGGGUCAAGAAGGAAUUUUUUUCCUACCUGGUUGCAAAAUUGUGCUUCAAACUGGGUUUUUUUGCCUUCUUUUGGAUCAACAGCAAAAAACAAAUGUGAGGAAGGCUGAACUUGAUGGACGCAAGUCUCUUUUCAGCUAUGUAACUAUGGAAAUCCUCAAUAUACAACUCCUACAUCCCUCGACCAGAAAGGGAGCUUAGGCAAGCUUUCAGAAAUCUCGCUGUUUAAACUUGCAAUAAAGUGUGUUUACUUCGAAUUCCUUUUUGGCCCCCGUUUUACACGUCUACUUGUACGUUGGUUUCGGCACACCUGAACCAACUUUGCUUCUCCUCUACAUUCCACCCUGAUCUAUUAUUUUAGUUACCCAAUCAAAAAAAAUCAAUAAGAUUAGUUUGGCACGAUCUCCCUGAAGUAAACCCAUGUUGUCUCUGAUCUUGAAAUCCAUGUGUUUUUAGCUGUUCAACAAUCCUAUCCUUUAACAUGGUUUCCAUUACAUUCCCCACUACUGAAGUAAGGCUUAGUGGGCUAUAGUUGCCCGACUCCUCCCUAUUACCUUUCUUGUGAAUGGGCACAACCUUCGCUAACUUCCAAUCUUCUGGGACUACUCCUGUUAACAAUGAUUGGUUAAAUAAAUCUGUUAAUGGUUUUGCUAGUACACCACUAAGCUCUUAAUAACUUUGGGUGUAUUCCAUCAGGUCCCAUUGACUUAUUUGUCUUUACUUUUGACAGUUGAAAUAAAACCUCUUCCUGUGUAAACUCACGUGUAAUAAAUGACUCAUUUAUCCUUUUUCCUAACUGAGGUCCCUUUCCUUCAUUUUCAUCUUUAAAUACUGAACAAAAAUAUUCAUUGAGGCAGUCAGCUAGACCUUUAUCCUCUUCUACAUACAUUCCUUCUUUUGUUUUUAAUCUAAUCCUUGUUUUACUUUCCUUUUCUCAUUUAUAUAUCUAAAAAAUGUUUUGUCCCCUUUUUUUACUGACUGUGCUAUUUUCUCUUCUGUGUGUGAUUUGGAAGCUCUUAUAACUUGCUUAGCCUCUUUCUGCCUAACCUUAUAGAUCAUUCUGUCUUCCUGACUGUGUGGGGGUUUUUUUAUAACUACUAAAUGCAAAUUUUUAUGUUUUUACUAUUUUGGCCACAUCUGCAGAGUACCACAGUGGUUUCUUGAUUAUUUUUUUUUGCUUUUACUGACAAGCCUAAUGCAAUUUUCUUUUGCCUUCACCAGUGCUACUUUUAAAUAAUCCCAAUUUUCUUGAACUCCAUUUAAAUUGCUCCAGUCUGAUAAUGACUCCUCUACACAUAUUCUAAUUUUAGAAAAGUCUGUUUUUCUAAAGUCUAAAACUUUUGUUUUUGUGUGGUGUGACUCAGUCACUGUUCUUAUAUUAAACCACACUGACUGAUGAUCACUGGAUCCUAAACAUUCACCUACAGUAAUAUCUGAUACCAAAUCUCCAUUUGUUAACACUAAAUCUAGUAUGGCCUCUGUAACGGAGCUCCCUGUACUCUGACCGAGUACCCUCCGUUGAUGGAUGCUCCUAGCGCUUCCUGAGGACUCCAAACACUGCAGCCGACACCACAACCACCGCAGACUCCACAACCGCCGUAGCUUAACUGGAGUCUCGCCGUCUUCCUUCCACCCUGGAUCAGCUUCUGUCCUCCAGGACCGUGUGGGGAAGACCUCUCCUCCAGGAGAGCGUAACAGGAACAGCUCUUAAAAGAGCUAAGUGAUUAAAAGCUCAGGGGAGUAUGCAGAGCAUAGCAAUCCCCAGUGUGAUAUAGCAGUUCCCUCCAAUAACGAGACAAGGCUACGUAUUGAGGGUCAAGAAGAUCUGUCAAAACCUUUAUUUCCCUUGGGACCAGCCAAUAGGGUCACCACAAUAACAUUGUUGUGAAACCUCAAUAAAAUCACAAACAGUCAAACCAUAUCAAGCAACACACAGUUACUUAUCACAACACAAUGGCACAUUUUUAAAGGGGUGGGGGGAGACAAUAUUUAACAGUAAAUAUCUCACCUGCCUGCAGAAUUAGCAAUAUGCAAAUCUACCCGAAUAUGCAAAUGAACCAGUCUUGCAAUUCAGGUAGUGCAUAUUGCUGUUGCUACCAACAGAGGGCACUAGACCAGCUCCAUAGCCAAACCCACCUAGUUGGUAGCAAACCUCAGCAGUACAGGAGAGAAGGCAAUACAUUUCACAGUACACACACACACUAUAAACAAUUACAUUACACACACCCUGCACCUAUAAUGGGUACAGGGUGACUAAAACAUAAGAUAAAUAAAGCAGCCUACAUAAAUAGUCUGUCUGAAGGUAGACUAGGGGCUUUAAAGCCAGAUACAUAAAGAGUCAUAGUCACAGGGGAGGAGGCUGGCAAGUAGGCCUCUCCAGUACCAAGUGGCGAAGGGCACUUCGUCACAUAUCUCCCCUUCGGGGGGAAGACUAACCAGGCACCUGACUUUCUGUCGGUCAGUGCCUAAGUUAGUCGAUUCACCCACCGACCAUACGCAAGUGCCAGAGUAGCCCACCCACAACAAACAGUUAUUAGAGCAGCCCACCCACAGCAAACAGUGACUGCACCUGGGUAUUCCUCUGGGGUGAUGGGGCAACAUGCUGUGGGGACUUGAGGGGCAGAGGCCAGCGGCACUCUGCCCUGAUGCCAGUGCUUCUGCUGGGAGGAGGGGGUGCAGGCCAGUCCUGUGACAAGGGGAUCGGUAGGGCAGAGGCCAGCGGCGGUCUGCCCUGAUGCCAGCUCUUCUGCUGGUAUAGCCUGCAGGACAUCAGGCUCUGGACAAGGGACAAAGGGAGGGCAGAGGCCAACUGCACUCUGCCCAGCUGCCAGCUCUUCCACUGGGGGGCUUGGGACAUAGUCCGGCUCAGUAGCCAGGGGGACGUGGUGGUCAGUGGGGGUUAACAUCUCCCAUGUUAACCCUGGGGCCAAGUUAGGAGUUAGCUGGGGAGGGGAAUUUGUACUUACCCCCUCCUCCUGUUGUCCCUGUGAGGGUAGUUGGGGAUCUGGACAGGCUGUCCAGCAUCCCUGUAGGUUGGGCACAGAGACCACGGUCCCCUCUGCGCCAUCUGGGAGAUUGGUGUCUCCGCUUGGUAGGGUAAGCUGCCGCUGGGGAGAUAGGGUGCUGUGCUCCUCUCCCUGAAACACAGGCUGCCGCUGGAGAGGGAGACCGCCUGUCUCCACUCCCAUAACAUUGUCCUGCUGCUGGAGAGAGAGACCAACUGUCUCUGCUCCCUGUAGGACACACUGCUGCUGGGGGGGAAGGACGACACCUCCGGCCCCCUGGAAUUCGCACUGCCGCUGGGGAGGAAGGACGACACCUUCGGCUCCCUGUAACUUGCACUGCCGCUGUGGAGGAAGGACGACACCUUCGGCUCCCUGUAACUUGCACUGCCGCUGGAGACUAGGUGUCCAUAUCCUCAACCUCCACAGUUGUUGCUCAAAGGCCAUUGCCGCACUGUUCUCAGCACUCAACUGGCGCAUUACUUGGUGGACCACCUCAUUCGAAAGGUCUGGGCCAUAGCAGACCAACCGCCUCUUCACCUCCUCAAUGUAAGCGUCGUCCUCGUAGCGACGUAUCAUGUUGAGGUGCUCUUCGCAGGACUCUAUCCAUCCCUGCUCCAUGCUGCUGUAGUUAGGGACGCUGCACAGUGGCUAGCGUUGCCCUCAAUAACCUCUCAUACGAUACCCGUGUCUCCGAGCUGCUUCUCCUCGCACUAGGACGCCAUCCCACCGCUGCCACCAAUGUAACGGAGCUCCCUGUACUCUGACCGAGUACCCUCCGUUGAUGGAUGCUCCUAGCGCUUCCUGAGGACUCCAAACACUGCAGCAGACACCACAACCACCGCAGACUCCACAACCGCCAUGGCUUAACUGGAGUCUAGCCAUCUUCCUUCCACCCUGGAUCAGCUUCUGUCCUCCAGGACCGUGUGGGGAAGACCUCUCCUCCAGGAGAGCGUAACAGGAACAGCUCUUAAAAGAGCUAAGUGAUUAAAAGCUCAGGGGAGUAUGCAGAGCAUAGCAAUCCCCAGUGUGAUAUAGCAGUUCCCUCCAAUAACGAGACAAGGCUACGUAUUGAGGGUCAAGAAGAUCUGUCAAAACCUUUAUUUCCCUUGGGACCAGCCAAUAGAGUCACCACAAUAACAUUGUUGUGAAACCUCAAUAAAAUCACAAACAGUCAAACCAUAUAAAGAAACACACAGUGACUUAUCACAACACAAUGGCACAUUUUUAAAGGGGUGGGGGGAGACAAUAUUUAACAGUAAAUAUCUCACCUGCCUGCAGAAUUAGCAAUAUGCAAAUCUACCCGAAUAUGCAAAUGAACCAGUCUUGCAAUUCAGGUAGUGCAUAUUGCUAUUGCUACCAACAGAGGGCACUAGACAAGCUCCAUAGCCAAACCCACCUAGUUGGUAGCAAACCUCAGCAAUACAAGAGAGCAGGCAAUACAUUACACAGUACACACACACACACUAUAAACAAUUAUAUUACACACACCCUGCACCUAUAAUGGGUACAGGGUGACUAAAACAUAGGAUAAAUAAAGCAGCCCACAUAAAUAGUCUGUCUGAAGGUAGACUAGGGGCUUUAAAGCCAGAUACAUGAAAGAGUCAUAGUCACAGGGGAGGAGGCUGGCAAGUAGGCCUCUCCAGGACCAAGUGGCGAAGGGCACUUCGUCACAGCCUCUUUACGAGUUGGCUCCUCAACGAGUAUGUGUGCUCCAGGCACAAGCAGCUUUAAUUCCUAAAUGAUCUAAAUUGAUCUAUAAACAAAACGCCCUGGUUAACAUGAAGUUGUUUUGGUUCUUAGAGUGUCGCUUUAAACAUUAGAUCAUAUCACCAGCAGUCCUCUCCUUAGUUAGGAGUGUGCUGAUAGCUGUGUGAUGUUUGCAAAUGGCUGUGGGUAUUUCAGCAGGGAUCUAAGAGAUCCUUACACCAUUAACCAUGUCGUAGAUAAGAUAUAAUAAUGUGCUUUACCACCAUGUAAGACAUGUAGACACAGAAGUUUGAGCUUCAUAUCAAAUGGAGCAAGUCAUAUGUCUUGGUCUAUACAGCAACAGACUCUGCACAUCUUAUCACACAUUGUAAACCACCUCCUUCCUCCCCUCUCUGUGUCCGUACUGGAAUGGCAGCCCAGUCUGUGUAUAUUGUAAACCACCUCCUUCCUCCCCUCCCUGUGUCCGUACAGUAAUGGCAGCCCAGUCUGUGUAUAUUGUAAACCACUUCCUUCCUCCCUGUGUCCGUACAGUAAUGGCAGCCCAGUCUGUGUACAUUGUAAACCACCUCCUUCCUCCCCUCUCUGUGUCCGUACUGGAAUGGCAGCCCAGUCUGUGUACAUUGUAAACCACCUCCUUCCUCCCCUCUCUGUGUCCGUACAGUAAUGGCAGCCCAGUCUGUGUACAUUGUAAACCACCUCCUUCCUCCCCUCUCUGUGUCCGUACAGUAAUGGCAGCCCAGUCUGUGUAUAUUGUAAACCACCUCCUUCCUCCCCUCUCUGUGUCCGUACUGGAAUGGCAGCCCAGUCUGUGUACAUUGUAAACCACCUCCUUCCUCCCCUCUCUGUGUCCGUACAGUAAUGGCAGCCGGGUCUGUGUACAUUGUAAACCACCUCCUUCCUCCCCUCUCUGUGUCCGUACAGUAAUGGCAGCCGGUCUGUGUGUACAUUGUAAACCACCUCCUUCCUCUCUCUGUGUCCGUACAGUAAUGGCAGCCGGUCUGUGUACAUUGUAAACCACCUCCUUCCUCCCCUCUCUGUGUCCGUACAGUAAUGGCAGCCCAGUCUGUGUACAUUGUAAACCACCUCCUUCCUCCCCUCUCUGUGUCCGUACUGUAAUGGCAGCCCAGUCUGUGUACAUUGUAAACCACCUCCUUCCUCCCCUCUCUGUGUCCGUACUGGAAUGGCAGCCCAGUCUGUGUACAUUGUAAACCACCUCCUUCCUCCCCUCUCUGUGUCCGUACAGUAAUGGCAGCCGGGUCUGUGUACAUUGUAAACCACCUCCUUCCCCCCCUCUCUGUGUCCGUACAGUAAUGGCAGCCCGGUCUGUGUACAUUGUAAACCACCUCCUUCCUCCCCUCUCUGUGUCCGUAGAGUAAUGGCAGCCCAGUCUGUGUAUAUUGUAAACCACCUCCUUCCUCCCCUCUCUGUGUCCGUACAGUAAUGGCAGCCCAGUCUGUGUACAUUGUAAACUACCUCCUUCCUCCCCUCUCUGUGUCUGUACUGGAAUGGCAGCUGGGUCUGUGUACAUUGUAAACCACCUCCUUCCUCCCCUCUCUGUGUCCGUACUGGAAUGGCAGCCCAGUCUGUGUACAUUGUAAACUACCUCCUUCCUCCCCUCUCUGUGUCCGUACAGUAAUGGCAGCCGGGUCUGUGUACAUUACUUGUAAACCACCUCCUUCCUCCCCUCUCUGUGUCCGUACAGUAAUGGCAGCCGGGUCUGUGUACAUUGUAAACCACCUCCUUCCCCCCCUCUCUGUGUCCGUACAGUAAUGGCAGCCGGGUCUGUGUACAUUGUAAACCACCUCCUUCCUCCCCUCUCUGUGUCCGUACAGUAAUGGCAGCCGGGUCUGUGUACAUUGUAAACUACCUCCUUCCUCCCCUCUCUGUGUCCGUACAGUAAUGGCAGCCGGGUCUGUGUACAUUGUAAACCACCUCCUUCCUCCCCUCUCUCUCUCUCUGUGUCCGGCAUAGUAAUGGCAGCCCAGUUCGUGUACAUUACAAACCACCUCCUUCCUCCCCUCCUCUGUGUCCGUAUUGUGCAAUGGCAGCCGGUUCGUGUGUACAUUAAAACUACCUCCUUCCUCCCCUCUCUGUGUCCUGGUAUUAGGUAAAUGGCAGCCCAGUCUGUGUAUAUUGUAAACCACCUCCUUCCUCCCCUCUCUGUGUCCGUACUGGAAUGGCAGCCCAGUCUGUGUAUAUUGUAAACUACCUCCUUCCUCCCCUCUCUGUGUCCGUACUGGAAUGGCAGCCCAGUCUGUGUAUAUUGUAAACCACCUCCUUCCUCCCCUCUCUGUGUCCGUACUGGAAUGGCAGCCCAGUCUGUGUACAUUGUAAACCACCUCCUUCCCUUCCUCCCCUCUCUGUGUCCGUACAGUAAUGGCAGCCCAGUCUGUGUACAUUGUAAACUACCUCCUUCCUCCCUGUGUCCGUACAGUAAUGGCAGCCGGGUCUGUGUACAUUGUAAACCACCUCCUUCCUCCCCUCUCUGUGUCCGUACAGUAAUGGCAGCCCAGUCUGUGUACAUUGUAAACCACCUCCUUCCUCCCCUCUCUGUGUCCGUAGAGUAAUGGCAGCCGGGUCUGUGUACAUUGUAAACUACCUCCUUCCUCCCCUCUCUGUGUCCGUACAGUAAUGGCAGCCCAGUCUGUGUACAUUGUAAACUACCUCCUUCCUCCCCUCUCUGUGUCCGUAGAGUAAUGGCAGCCGGGUCUGUGUACAUUGUAAACUACCUCCUUCCUCCCCUCUCUGUGUCCGUACAGUAAUGGCAGCCCAGUCUGUGUACAUUGUAAACCACCUCCUUCCUCCCCUCUCUGUGUCCGUACAGUAAUGGCAGCCGGGUCUGUGUACAUUGUAAACCACCUCCUUCCUCCCCUCUCUGUGUCCGUACAGUAAUGGCAGCCCAGUCUGUGUACAUUGUAAACCACCUCCUUCCUCCCCUCUCUGUGUCCGUACAGUAAUGGCAGCCCGGUCUGUGUAUAUUGUAAACCACCUCCUUCCUCCCCUCUCUGUGUCCGUACAGUAAUGGCAGCCGGGUCUGUGUACAUUGUAAACCACUUCCUUCCUCCCCUCUCUGUGUCCGUACUGUAAUGGCAGCCCAGUCUGUGUACAUUGUAAACCACCUCCUUCCUCCCCUCUCUGUGUCCGUACUGGAAUGGCAGCCCAGUCUGUGUAUAUUGUAAACCACCUCCUUCCUCCCCUCUCUGUGUCCGUACUGUAAUGGCAGCCCAGUCUGUGUAUAUUGUAAACCACCUCCUUCCUCCCCUCUCUGUGUCCGUACUGGAAUGGCAGCCCAGUCUGUGUACAUUGUAAACCACCUCCUUCCUCCCCUCUCUGUGUCCGUACAGUAAUGGCAGCCGGGUCUGUGUACAUUGUAAACCACCUCCUUCCCCCCCUCUCUGUGUCCGUACAGUAAUGGCAGCCCAGUCUGUGUACAUUGUAAACCACCUCCUUCCUCCCCUCUCUGUGUCCGUACAGUAAUGGCAGCCCAGUCUGUGUACAUUGUAAACCACCUCCUUCCUCCCCUCUCUGUGUCCGUACAGUAAUGGCAGCCCAGUCUGUGUACAUUGUAAACUACCUCCUUCCUCCCCUCUCUGUGUCUGUACUGGAAUGGCAGCUGGGUCUGUGUACAUUGUAAACCACCUCCUUCCUCCCCUCUCUGUGUCCGUACUGGAAUGGCAGCCCAGUCUGUGUACAUUGUAAACUACCUCCUUCCUCCCCUCUCUGUGUCCGUACAGUAAUGGCAGCCGGGUCUGUGUACAUUGUAAACCACCUCCUUCCUCCCCUCUCUGUGUCCGUACAGUAAUGUUUAGUGCAUCAAGCUGAACUAUUUUCUCCUUCCUAUUCACAGGUCACAGCCCGGUCCCAUGGUCUGUAUGUGAGCCAGCCAUAAGUAAUCACAGUGAUGGACUCAUUGAGGGUGUUAGUGCACGUGCGUACACCCCUUUGAUGAGGAGACGUGUUUGCCAAGGUCUUGAAGAGAGAGUGCAGCAUUAUGUCAAACGUGGAAGAAUAGUGAUGCCAUCCGACAGAGAAGGAAUAUUGAGACUUGGCGAUAAAGGGCUGUCUAAAGAAGACAAAAGCCUGACCUCUGUCGGAGCGGAUAAACCUAAACUGAGAGACCAAGAUAUUAAGGCUGCGGCUGAAGGUGUGCCUGAAACAAGCCAAGACUUGCGUGACAAACCGAAUAAAACCAAAGCAAAAUCGUCUGACUGUGCCGAAUGGACCUCAGAAGAAGAUGGGAAUUCCUUGCCAAGCACAGCAAAAAGGCAGUGUCUCGAUGGUCACAAUGAUCUAUAACUGGCUCAGUGCUGGGUACGGUAUGCAGAGAAACUUAGAGCAAAGGAUAAUGCUGUACGCUCCAAUUUGAUUCCUUGAAAAUGUAGUUAUGCAGUCUUCUUUCCUAGUACAAUUUUUCACAUUGAACUUUUUCUGACGCGAUCUAUAUUUUUCUUUUUUUUUAAAUAAAAUUAGUUUUUCUGUGUACAGUA